AUGGGUUCAUCUGAUCUUAACUUGAAAAAAUCCUGGCAUCCCGCCACAUUUAAAAAUCAAGAAAGAGUAUGGAAGGAAGAGCAGAAACACAAAGAAGAACAAGCCAAGAUUGAACAGAUGAGAAAAGAAUUGGCAGAAGAAAGACAGCUUCAAGAACUUCAACGAAUGCAAGAAGAAGCAGGAACAAAAAAACGAUCCAAUAAAUUAGAUUGGAUGUAUGCUUCUCCUAAUGCUAAUUUAAAUGGAAAUGCAAAUAAUGCAAUGGAAGAUUAUCUAUUAGGUAAAAAAAAUGUUGACGAUUUACUUCGCGCAAAACAAAAACAAGAAUUGGUAAUAUUUUUUUUUUUAAUUAUUAACUUGAUAUAUUUAUUUCUAAUGUGUAUGUGUGUGUGUGUGUGUGUGUUUGUGUUGGUCUUUUUUUCUAAUACUUAUAGGAAGCUGCUACAGUUGCGGAACAAAGUCGAUUUACACUUUCCAACUCGAAUGCGAAUACAGAAAGAGAUAUUCAAGCCAAGAUUCGUGAAGAUCCUUUAUUGA